UCCUUUUGCACAAUCAGGUCCUGUGCUCCAUGUGAGCCAGACCUGUGCCUCAGAAAAUCAAACUUGGGUUUGUCUUUUCUUAUUCUUGGAAUUCUAAACAACUGAAUCAUUCAUUGACCAGAGAGGAGAGGGGUGGCCUGGGGAUACUGAUGGUGGUUUCUCCCAAACUCGGUGGAAGGAGGCUCUGUGCUAAAGUUUGGUAGAGAAGAAUGGCGGAACAGGAUUCAAGUAGCAGACCCAGACAAGGCAUAGUUGAGUUGAUUUGAGGUAUAUUUUGCAGACAGGUGAUUUGCCAGAUUAUUCCAGUAUGCAGAGCGCCAGUACUCACUGUAGACAAGAAAAUGAAAAAGCAGGCAAGACAAGGAAGAAUCUUAGAUCUCAUGUUUCCCGCAUGGAGCACCAGAUGGAUAAUCUGAAGGCCCAACCCCAAUUGAAGCCUACGAGUGUGAGAUUGCAGGACAACAAAAUUUCUCCACUCUCAGGGAAUCCAUACUUCUAUUGCAUUCUUACGAAAUCUCACUUCAAACCCUUAUAUCAAGUGGUGCUUCCAUCCAAACUGCAACAAUAUCUGCCUUCAGCUAUGGUCCCUGUGGAACUAACCUUCAGGAAUAAGAGUUGGAAGAUGUAUUAUUAUGGAGAUCGAGGCUGCAAACGGUUCAACAUGGCCUGGAGACAUUUCGUAAUUGACAACAAGCUGAAGAUUGGAGAUGGCUGUGUCUUUGAACUGAUGGAGAGCAGUCCUAAUAUUCUCAGGUUUAAAGUUCAAGUUCUCAAUGGUGACCUCCCAUCUGAUUUCAUAAGCAAUAUAGGAGAAUCUGAAAGUUCUCCUAUUAUAAUUGAUUAAGACCCAUCAAAUUUUUGUUUUGUUGCUUAUGACUUUCCUAUUUGGCUUUAAUGGAGAACAUCAAAAGAGACAUGACUGAAACAUGUUUUUGUUUUCUGCUGUGGCCAAUAGUAGGCUACAAAAAUUUAAGACCCCAAAUAAGCUCAUAGCAGCUACAGCUCAUA